AUGGUGCGAUUUGUCCACCGACUAGGGUUGCUUGUUCUUGCAUAUGUAACAAGGCAAACAAGCAGAACCACUGCUUCGCAAUCGACCAACAAUGCGAAGUUGCUCCUCCUCUGCGGGGGUGGUCUUCUACAAGGCGGCGAAUCACCACUGUUGACAGUGGCCAGUCAGUACCAGGAUACACACCUGAUGAUGGCGAUCAAUGCCUUGAAACAGGCAACAACAUCUCUUUUGCUACCCAGCCUGAAUUCUGUGGGUGUCAGAAGUGAGCUAAUUCUUCUAGCUCUACCAGCAGUCUUGGGUCAAGCUAUUGAUCCAAUGGCGCAACUUAUGGAGACUGCAUACAUUGGUAGAUUAGGUGCAUUGGAAUUGGCAUCGGCUGGUAUUGGUAUGUCAAUUUUUAAUAUUGUGUCAAAGAUCUUCAACAUUCCACUGUUGAGCAUUGCAACCUCAUUUGUGGCAGAGGAUAUUUCUAGGAGUGCUACCAAGCAUCCUAGUUCAGGCAAAUUGGAGUUGACAUCUGUAUCAUCUGCCCUGAUCUUAGCUGCUGGAAUUGGUAUAAUGGAAGCAUUAGCAUUGUUCCUAGGAUCAGGAUUGUUUCUUCAACUAAUGGGCGUGUCACCUGUCUCUCCAAUGUAUAGACCUGCGAAACUCUUUCUUUCAUUGAGAGCUCUCGGAGCACCUGCAAAUGUGAUUAUGUUGGCAGUCCAAGGUAUCUUUCGGGGAUUCAAGGAUACAAAGACUCCGGUGCUUUAUAUAGGUUUGGGCAAUCUUUCCGCUGUAGCCCUUCUUCCUCUACUUAUAUAUGGCUUUCAGCUUGGCAUAACUGGUGCUGCAAUUUCUACAGUUGUGUCCCAGUGGCAUGCUGUUGGGAAGAACUCUUUCAAUUCUGUUAACUAUGACCAUUGGUACAUCAAUGGCUGCUUUCGGCAAGGCCCAACAGCGAUGGCCGCUCAUCAGAUUUGUUUGCAAGUAUGGCUUGCUGUAUCUUUGCUUGCAGACGCUUUAGCUGUUUCUGCCCAGGCGCUGAUAGCAAGCUCUUAUGCAAUAUUGGACUACAAAAGGGUUCAAAAGAUAGCAAUGUUUGCAUUGCAGAUAGGAGUGUUUAGUGGAUUAGCUUUGGCCAUUGGAUUGUAUGCCUCAUUUGGCAAUAUAGCUAGACUAUUUACCAGUGACCCAGAGGUCCUAAUGGUUGUCAAAUCUUGUGCAUUGUUUGUCUGUGCCAGUCAACCAAUUAAUGCCCUGGCCUUCAUCUUUGACGGUCUACACUAUGGUGUAUCAGAUUUUGACUAUGUUGCUCAAGCUACUAUUGUGGUUGGUGUUAUGUCUUCACUCGUCCUGUUAUGGGCUCCAUCUGUAUUUGGCCUGGCUGGAGUUUGGGCUGGUUUGACUACACUCAUGGGGUUGCGUAUGGCUGCAGGCGUUCUGAGGAACAGAUUACAUCAAUGCCAGGAAGCAUUGUUUUUCUGUGAUCUUUCAGAGAUCCUCACUGUUUGUGUCACUUUUCUUAGCUUCAGCUAG